AUGUCCAAUAAUGUCACAUUCACCAAAGCGACUGGGCUGAACACUAGCAAUGGCUCACCUCAGUCUAUGGAAAUGCUGAUGAUGAGGCCGACUUUCCAUAACGAGUAUUCAGACCUAGAAAAUGAUAGUGAUGAGAUGGAUAUAGAUGAAACACAACCAAUUAGCUUUAGUCAAGCGAGCACUUCAAUGAACAGAAACGGAUCAAAUUUCGUGGAUGCAAAGGAGAAAAAAAAUUCAAACCAAUCUAAUAUGUUUAAUCAGUAUGGUAUUGGUGCUAAGCUUUUGAUGAAUAUGGGAUACAAAGAAGGAAAGGGAUUGGGAGUUAAUCAAAGUGGAAUAGCGGCUCCAAUUGAAACAAAACUCCGACCUCGCGGACUUGGAGUAGGAGGUAUAAGCGAGAAAGUGCACAAACCUGAAGGGGAUGAUUUAAAUGACGAUCGAGAGAUGAAAUUUACAAAACCGACGUACGAUCUUUUCUCUCUUGUCGAUGGUUUAGAGCGACAAGGUGUACAAGUGCCUUUGGAAGUGAAAGAGCUUUGCGACUCGAGCAAGAAUGAUCCAGUGAUCGUCCCGAAAUUGUAUGAGGAGCUAGAUACUAUUUUCCAACAGAUCUUGUCGCUCGAUCUGGAGAUCAAGAAUGCAACGAAUGAAAAGGCCGCAACAGAGACCAUCAAAGUGUCUGAAGAAGAGGAGCUUGAGAGUUUCCAAGCGUUGCAAUCGAAGCUCCGAGAUAUAGACAACGAGGAAGUUGACCUUCUAGAGGCUUUAGGACAAGUGGUGAUGAUGAAUGAUACACAUACGAAGAGCGUGGUAGAAAAUGUUUUCAUACUUCUUUCCCAAAGUCUCGUGACGAGAUUGGUGUUUGAAUCAAAUCCAAGCUCAAAAGAUUUUGAAGAUUUGGAGACUUGCGUGAACCUCUACCGAAUCCUCAAUUCUUCUAUCGGUGCAAACAAAUGGGACAAAUUAAUAGUCAAGAACCUCGAGCUACUACCCACUGAUAACAAGGCAGAACUACUACAUAAAUUGAGAUUCUGGAUUGAUUCGCCCUAUAUUAUCGACAACGCUUCCAUUGAAUUGGCAUGCUUAGAUACAAUUAUCGGGCCCAUUGUAUUGCAGCAUGUGCAAGAAAUGGACCUAAGUCUGGAAAUGGAUCAAGAGACCAAAGCUUUGGUUCUGAAUUUCUCGUGGUCACCUGAAACGAUGCGACCAAUCGCAGAGGCAUUAUACACCCGCUAUUCUAAGCGCAUUACUGGCUUGUGGUCAGAAAUGAAUCAAAAUAUUGCCGAUGCGUUACAAACUUAUGAAAGCACUCUACUACGAGUUUUAAGUAGCUUCUUCUCUCUUGAAAAAGUGAUAGUCGGAACCAGCCAAACCGCCAUGAAAGACAAGCUAAGCGCGGAGCUCAGGAAAGGAGUAAUCGAGGCAAUUGCCUUGAGUGAUGACUUUAAUUUUCAGGUGAGAAUAGCCUGCGACUUUCGUUUCGAGUUUGAAGUUCUCAAUGAGAAUCAGUUUGAUCUUCUUUUGCAGUUUGGUAUCUUAAACCCAAUGGUCCUGAAACUAAGUAUGUCUCUUAACAAAGAGGAAGCCACAAGAAAAAUUCUCAUUCAAUUUUACACCUUUUGGUCUUCCCUGGCCGCAAAUUACAAUCUCAACAACAUUCUUGCAUGGUAUGGAGACGCCUUGACACAAACCAUUGCAGGGCUAGAUGUAUCCUUACCAAAAUAUCGAAGCGACACCUCGUUCUCUGCGGGUGUUGCCAAACUCAUUGCUGAAGGCAGUGGUGGCGAGGAGUCUGAUGUAUAUUCCCUCAAGUCACAGGAUUUAUCGGUAACCUUCAAAGAUGUAAUUAUUCAUCUAUGUCAAUUGAAUUCAUGCGAGCUCGUCGAAACAAAAGAGAUGUCUCCAAACUUGAAAAUUCUUUUCAAAAUAGUGCAGGCACUGAACUCGGAACCGAUUCUUUUCUACAUCGAUAAGGACGUGAUGUGGAUUAAAGAAAAUGAUAACUUCGUGGCCAAAAGCGUCGAACAAAUAUUUAGAAAUGUAAGCUGA